CUGGACCGUCACCUCGAAGAGCGCUUACCCCCUUGUCCUCCGACCCCCUAUCCGGAGCACAGAGCUCUUCAUCCGUCAAGAGGAACGGCAACAGCGAUUGUAGCACCAGGCAUGGCGUUCUCCGGCGCUCUGACUCUGACUGAUCUGAACGACUUCAUUACACCCUCUCAAGCAUGUAUCAAGCCCGUCACCGAGACGAAUAAACCCGAGAAGGAUGCAUCGCAAGCUGCUACAGAGAUACACAUAGACUCCACCGGCGCAUACUAUGAGGUGUCCUCCGCAACAGAGACUACACAGGGACGCAAGCUAGAGCAGGCGCAGAUCAACCUGAACGAUUGUCUGGCAUGCAGUGGCUGCAUCACAUCUGCUGAGAGCGUACUGAUCACGCUACAAUCACACAUCGAGGUGCUUGCCUUCGUCGACGCCAAUCCUCCCCCAGGCCAGUCUGGCCAUCGCAUCCCCGUCAUGUCGAUCGCGCCGCAAGUGCUCGCCAGCCUAUCUGCCUCUGUAUCUUCCACGACCGUCUCCCCGCGUCAGAUGCUACGGAGAGUGCGUAGCUUCUGCCGAUCCAACAUGGGCUUUGAGGCUGUCUUCGACACAACGUUCGCAAGGCAUCUGGCGUUGCGGGAAACUGUCGCUGAGUGGAAGCAAAGGAGGGACGCAGCUCGCGGCGGAAAAGUUGACGGUAUCGAUCCUCUACCCAUGAUCGCAAGCGCAUGUCCGGGAUGGAUCUGUUACGCGGAGAAGACCCACGCAGAGAUGCUUCCAUAUAUCUCAAAGACCAAGAGCCCCCAACAAAUCAUGGGUACGCUGGUCAAGCAAUGGAUAGGCGAGCGAUGUGGCGCUCACCCCGACGACAUAUACCACCUCGCCGUCAUGCCUUGCUACGACAAAAAGCUCGAGGCAUCUCGACAGGACUUCGUCGCCGCACACCCUCACGAGGCCGUGCGUGAGGUCGACUGCGUCAUCACGGCCGGCGAGUUCGAGGGCAUGCUCCGGAGUAGGGGAUGGGAUCCUGCUGCUGCCGUGCCGGACGAAGACGCCCCGUUAGCCGCCGAGCCGGCAUUACUAGAGGAGGAUCGCCAUCUCAUACAAGAGAAGCGACCGCCGCCGAAGUCGUGCUCGAAGUCGUCCGCCAGUUGCUCUUGCUCGAAGAAGGCGACGCCGCCAACUGAUGGCCAAGCCAAUGGGCACUCGAGUCCGGCGGAGAAAACGAGUACUGCAGAGGAAUCGGUCUCGCGCGAGCAUGGCCAUUCACACGAAGAUGAUCAUCAUCACUCGCACGGCGACCACCACGACCACGACCAACCUCCAUCCGCCGUAAACCUCCCCAAAUUCGAGCAUCUCUUCCCCGAGCUCCUCACCCAUCCCGGCACGUCCUCUGGCUCGUACCUCCACGCCAUCGUCUCCCACAUCAUGCAGGAGAACCCAAGCGGUGUACAGCUCGAGCUACGCAAGGGCCGGAAUGAUGAUUUCGUCGAGUACAUCAUCCGUCGACCAGCCGAGUCCUCGAUGCUCGGCGAAGUCCUGUUCAAGGGCGCGAAGUGCUACGGCUUCCGCAACCUUCAGAACCUCGUGCGCAAGGUUGGCAAGCCCAGCAAGCCGCAGCGUCGUGUAGUCGGUAGGCGAGCGGUAACGAAGACGAAUGGUGAUACCACGGCCGCGAACGGGGACGCGCAGGUCAAUGGCGAUGCGAAUGGGGAAAGCGGGAAGCUCAGCAUUCGCGAAGUCGUUGCCCGGCGCCGCGCAGCGAAGAACGGUGGUGUUGCAGCUCCCGACGAUGGCGAGCGCGACCGGCCAUACGACUACGUCGAAGUCAUGGCCUGCCCCGGCGGCUGCGUCAACGGCGGUGGGCAGAUCAAGCCCACGCGCGCGGCGUUGGCCAGCGAGGCCAACGCAGGAGACGCUGGUCUUAACGGCGACGGCCAGGACGCACGCGAAGCGCGGUGGGGCGACAAGGAGUGGACGCGGAAGGUCGAGGAGCUGUACUGGGUGGAGGCGACGGACGCGAGGGAUGUUGCGGUACGGGAGGGCGAGGUGGGGCUGACGAGGGCGGAUGCGAUCGCGGACGAGGUGUUGGCGACGUUGGCGCCUGCGGAGAUGGAGAGGAUGCUGAGGACGCAGUAUCACGCGGUCGAGCAGGAUCCCAAUAGUGGAUUCACGGCGCAGUGGUAG